GAAGUUUGACAGUAGUAGCUAAGAAUACUAUUUGUAAACAUUCUGCAGUAAUUUCAUGCGUUUCCGUAAUCCAUUUGGAAUUAUUUCGUCUUAUCCAUGGAAUACGCCGCCUAGCAAGUAGAAUCCAGUGUACUUUCGUAGAAUGUCCGAAGGAAAACAUGUCCCCGGACAGGAAAAUGUCGCUGUAAAAUUAGCAUCCAGCACCAGCGGCAGGAGGAGCAACAAAACCAAACCCCAUUCCGGUGCGGCUCCAACAUCGUCUUCGGCAGACCAGAAACCGCAAACCGGAGGAAGGAAAUUCAGUGACCGGCACAUCGUAAAGAAACGCGUCCUGCCGAAGUAUUACACACGGGAAAACGACAUCUACGUGACCGUCAAGUCGGAUUUUACGUUUCAAUACAAAAGGUGCUUGGAUAUCUUGAAUUCUGCCUUGGGAGAAGCAUUUUUGCACUGUACUGGAAGGGCCAUCAAUCAAGGAAUCAAUCUCGCGCUCAAGAUAAAGGCAAAAUAUCCAGAAGCAUUCGACUACGAGGUCAAUACUUCUACGAUAACGGUUACAGACGAUCUUCAUCCUCUGAAGGACGACGAUGAUUUCAGCGAACAACGCCGCAUGAACUCGUGUCUGCACAUCCGUCUGUACCGUACGAUCCAACUCAAGCCAACCAACUCAGCCGCCUAAAGCAAGUUCCACCAUUGGAACCGCCCAUUUCAUCCCAAUUUCUCGUUCAUAAAUAUCUUAUAAUUGCCGUCAAGAUAGCCCCCUCACGGAGAAAAAUGUCCGACGAGGUCGAGAUCAAAACCUACUUCAAGCUGGUGGACGUGGUCAAGUGGAUCGGGAUAACGCAGUUCGAAAUCCUGGUCAAUUUGUUGGCCUUUCUGGUGUUCAGUAUAAUACUAACGGUGAAGGCCACGAUGGGGACGCUUCCGACCAAGACCACGGGCACCACCGAAUGGUUGAUCAUAUUUUCGCCACUGUUCUGUGGAGACUUCUUCAAUGCGUACUUUUGUGUGAUCGUCGGUAUCCGGAUGUACUUGGGCAAUAAGCACCGACAGGCGUUGCACCGGUUGUCUUGGAGUAUCCAUUUCCUCCUCUUGACUACCGGGUUCAAGUACCUGGUGGUGAUGAAGUUGUCCGGGUUCAGUGGACUGGAGUACAGUGAGGUAUUUUCGCCGAUUUUCGUGCUGCUGCAGCUGAUUGCAGUGAAGGCGUGCCAAUUCAAACAGCAGUCUUGACGUGAGGACUGUGAUCCGGCCGUUAUGCAAUUGUUUGCCUAAGAGUGGUGGUGAUAAUUGAUCACCUCGCUGUUGCUGUGUACGACAAGCCUGGCUUGUUUAGUUAAGACUAUGAUCGAUCGGGGUAUGGAAGUGUAAGUUCUGAAGUGGGUUCAAUAAAGUGAUAUAAAAAUAAGUUAAA